AUGUCUCUCCUUGAUCUUCCCCGUGAAGUCCUUCUUCUGCUUCCUCCUUACCUAGAAAACAUUGAGAACUUCAAGAACGCAGCCUCCUCCUGUCGAACUCUCCGCAAUGUCUUUGCGAAAACGCUCCCGUCCACAAUCCUCCGUCUCGCCGCCGCCUCUGCGCCAACUUUUUUCUCCCCGCAUCCUCAUUUUCUCGUCGCUGCCUCUGUUCGAUCGGUCAGCGACUGGGCUCUAGGCCACGAAGACCGCACAAAACUGCUUCGCGACGCCUUCCGCGGCGGAAUUUACAGUCUCUACAAGUUCUGCCUAGAACAUGGCGGCCUCACCCUUGAUCGCAUCCGCGAAACCCACCUCGCCCGCUUCACCACGAUAAACCCGCUCUCCGACAAAUUAGACAAAAUGGCAGGAAAGCAGUGGAUGAGUACGCCCGAGUUCUGGGACGGCGGCGUGAGUGAACCCAACACUCUCUACACGGAUGCCGACCGCGCAACCCUCCAGAUCGUCAUAUAUGGAGAGUUAUUUGGACGAAGUAUGAAGGCUUUCCUGAAUCCUGCCGAGAGGCUGCCUAGUUUCGACAUCCUCACCCGACAGGAGUACUUCAUGUACUGUCUUCCCGACGACGAGUCGCCGUAUGACCCCGACGGAGCGAUGCAAUUUUCCUAUUACGAGGACCAGAGGGCACUUCGUCAUAUUUUGAAAAGCGGGCGAUGGAGGCGGAUGUGGGUGGGUGCAAUUCGAAAAUUCUUGGACCCUGAAUUCACCGACGGAACAAGUGCCGAUGAGGAUUGGCGCAAUAAACUGCUGAGAGAUGCACUUCUGUUGCAGGGAAUCCGGGGGUUUCAGCUUGUCACUUGUAAGCCUGAUGAUGUGCCAGAAGAGGCUGUAACCAAAGCUCGACAGGUGCGAGACCAGAUUCUGGCGUUGAAAGAGCCUCCUCAGUCACAAACGUUUGGGAAACAAGGGACAUCCCGUAUUUCAGAGGCGCCCGAUCCACAGAACGAGUUGAACGUCUCUUAUCGGAAGCAGUGGUAUUAG